AUGAAGAAAGUCAUUCGUGAUAGAGACCGAGGCAUACUAUUAGAUGCGCAUUGGAGCGAAAGUGGCCUACUAAUUGAGCCUAACGGUUCAAAGAUUACAAGUUUUAUUGGUGCACUCGUAAGGAAUGCAAUUCCAAUUAUUUGUGAUGAUUGGAGAGAUACAAAUUUAAAAGAAGCUAAAGACAAACUUUGGAUUGAGAUACAGAGGAGUUUCAACAACGUGGAGGAUAAUAGAAGAAAAAUUUGUCUCAGAUUGGCCGAAAGACUACUAAGAGGGUUUAGGACUUUUUUAACUAGGAGAUAUCUUAUGGAUGCGAAGAAAAAUUUUGUUGAUGCAGAGUAUCCAAAAAGAUAUAGCAGUUUGAUUGCACCUGAAGAAUGGGUAACGUUUAAAGCAAAACGAAAAAACCCAAAAUUUCGGAGUAGAAGUGAAACAAAUCGGCAAAGAGCAUCAGGUCCCCCAUAUCCAUACAGAAAAGGGCGUAUGGGAUAUGGACGCUUAGAACAGUCUAUUUUAACAAGGGAGAGUAGUUCUGAAACAUCUGUUCUUCCACAUGUUUUGUGGAAGAAAGCCCGUGUGGGAAAGGAUGGAGUUGUCAAAGAAGAUGUUCAAAAAGUUUUUGAAAAAUGCGAGACUCUAUCUCAGUCUAUAUCUCCAGAUGAAGGCAAUGAUUGCAGGAGCAUACUUAGCCGCGCAUUAGAUAUUCCUGAAUAUUCUGGUCGGGUGAGGGAUAAGGGAUUUGGAAUCACUCCAACAUCCUUGAAGAUGAAAAAACAGAAGGCUCCUAUAGAGAACUGCAAGAAACCUUGUAUGCACUACAAGCUGAAGUCCGCGAAUUGA